AUGGGCACCACCGGUUUGUCGAUCACGCUGGCUAACAGCAUUAUCGGAGUGGGCAUACUGGCUAUGCCUUUUUGCUUUCAACAAUGUGGUCUACUACUUGGUGGAUUGAUUUUAUUGUCAAUGGGCUUCAUGUCAAGGCUAUGCUGUUACUUUUUGUUGAAAUCUGCACUACUUGCUCGGAGGAGGAAUUUUGAGUUUUUAGCUUUCCAUGUGUUCGGCUCAGCUGGCAAGAUGGCGGUUGAACUAGGGAUCAUUGGGUUUCUAAUGGGCACCUGCAUAGCGUACUUUGUAGUUGUUGGCGAUCUUGGACCGCAGAUUAUCGCCAAAAUGUUCAACAUCAACCAGAGUGAUAUCCUGAGAACAUCAAUAAUGGUGAUCGUGUCGCUAGUAUGUGUCCUACCGCUUGGCCUUCUUAGAAAUGUGGACAGUUUGAGCAACGUGAGCGCGGCCACUAUCUGUUUCUAUGUCUGUUUAGUUAUGAAGGUAAUAACAGAAGCUGCGUCUCAGCUGAUGACGAGCGACUGGCACCGUCGCGUCGAGAUGUGGAGACCGGCCGGCCUACUGCAGUGUGUACCGAUCAUCUCAAUGGCACUCUUCUGUCAAACACAGCUUUUCGAAAUAUUCGAGUCUCUACCAACGCUCUCGUUAGAGAAGAUGAACUUGGUGACUAAAAAUGCUAUCAACAUAUGUACUGUAGUGUAUUUCACACUCGGAGUUUUCGGAUACAUUGCAUUUAGCUCACACGAUAUAUCUGGCAACAUACUAAUGAGCCUUAGUCCCACCAUGGCAAGUGACGUCAUAAAGCUUGGGUUCGUGAUGUCAGUGGCGUUUAGUUUUCCGCUCAUUAUCUUCCCUUGCAGAGCCAGUCUGUACUCUUUCUUGUACAAAAAGGUGCACUCGUCUCACCACGACCACAUAAUCAACCACUCGAUCCCAGAGACGACGUUCCGUUGCAUCACGGUGGCGAUCAUCGCGGUGUCUCUUUUCGUCAGCGUUCUCAUCCCGAACAUCGAGCUGGUGCUGGGGCUCGUGGGGUCCACCAUUGGGGUACUCAUCUGUGUCGUGUUCCCCGCAGCCUGUUUCGUCCAUGUCACCUAUAAGAAUACUAAUGAAAGGCUGCUAGCGAAGGGUAUCUUAUUUUUAGGUCUUAUCAUAAUGGUUUUAGGCACGUAUGCUAACUUAGAAGCCGCUGGUGAAAACAGCAAAGUAGAUCGCUACGACGAGAAAUACACACAGGAGAAAAUCGAUAAGAUUGUCGAGGACUUCUUUGAAAAGCGCGACAAGGACGGAGUGUACCUAAAACAAGAACCUGUUUUACCUAUUGAGAUCAACAACAAUAUUCCUCUCAACAAUGACAAGAAAAAAGACUCCGAAAUACAACCACCUAACCCGGUGCCGCCUGAAUCACAAUCCAAUGAGAAAAUGGCUGCAAAGAAGGUCGAAGUACACAACUAUGAAGAAAAGAAAGUGGAACCAUUACCAGUUAUGAAAGAAACGUUAAAAAGGAGUUCCCAAACUCAUCCAAAGAAUCUUAAAAAUAAAUUUGACUUAAAAAUAAAUGGAGUUGAUACAACUGAACCUGAAAAGGCCGCAGAAGUUCAACCACAGUCAAAUGAAGAAAAAAAUGACAUGUUAAAACAACAAAAACUUAUUGAAACGAUCAAACAACAUGGCGAAGAACAGAAAGAAUUGAUGAAAGAACAAAAGGAGAUUCUAGAUGAAAUAAUUAAGACUAAAAAAGAGUUGGAACAAAAUAAAAAUGGAGCAGACACGAAUGAAGCUAAGAAAAUUGCUAUGGAAAGUAUAAAACAGAUUGCAAGCAUGGCUAUACAAAGUAUAGGUGGUGUUUCUGAAAAGCCUGUACAAAUAGAUGAAAAGAAAGAGGAGCGUUUAGAAAAACUGACAAAUGAGGCUGUUCAAGAAAUAGCGAAAAAAGCUGUGGAAACCAUUGAAGCUAUUAAGGAGAUUAAAGAGAAUCCCGCACCGCUAAAAAUCGCUGAUGCCAGUAUACAAAAUGGUCUGCCUGCAAAACUUCAAAGCAAUCAGAAUCCACAACAACCAGUUAAUUCGCUAAAUGUUAAUCCACCGAUAAAUUUGCAAAAUGAUCAACAUCAAAUAAAUUCACAAGAUAAUCUUAAAAAUAUUAAACCACGCGCGGUCAGUCCCACAAGUAAUCAACAGCAGGGCGCUGCACCUGUAAAUGUUCAGCGGGAAAUCAUUAAUUCUGAAAAUGUUCAACCGCAAGUGAUUAAUUAUCCAAAUAUCCAACAUCAAGCUGUCAACUCUCAAGUGCCACAAAACUUGAACAAUCCUCAAACUUUGGCCAAUAUCGUUAAUCCUCCGGUUUAUGUCCCUCAAAAUAAUAUACCACCUGCAAAUAUAGAAAAAGAUAAACCAAUUAACUCAAAGCCUGGACAGAUACAAAAUAAUGCACCUAUAAAUCCUCAAACAAAUAAAGAAUCUAAAGCAGCUGGGGAAGCUGCACAAUUAUCUAAAGUACAAAUACCUGCUCAGACACAAAAUAAAGACACACUUCACUCACACUCGCCCGACGAACCACAGUCUUACAAGCAAGGCGAAGACGCACAAGUCAAAAAUCCUGAAGCUAAAGUACACAAAGCUGUACCUCUACCAAUAGCUAUGAAUGAUUUAUUGUCCAGUAAGCAAAUACAAGAGAAGGAAGCGGUUGGUCGUCAGCUGAAUGAGGAUAUUCAAGUUAUAGUACCACAAAAAGUUGAAAGUAACGACAAUAUACAACCGAAUGUUGUAAGACAGAAAAGAGAGGUUGUAGAUUGUACUCAGAAAGUGGAACUUGAACCUAAAGAUAGGGAAAUAUGUAACACUCUCGUCGAUCGACCAAAAGAAAAAGAUAGAAUGCCACCUGUCGAUUUACACGAUAUGUUACCUAAAAGCUUGGUUAUGGACACCAAUAUGCUAAACAUUGGUAGGUCACUUAAAAGUUAUGAAGGAGACGAAAGGUAA